AUGACUGAUAUCCAGCUCUUUGCCCGACACAAGUCCAGCGGUCUAAAGUACGCCUUCGGAGCGCUACCUUACUCCUCUGGUAGCCCCUACAUCAGUGCCAACCUCGCCCUCCUAGAACCGGUCUACGAGGAAAUCCUAAAGUUCCUCGCCGAGCUUCGGCCCGGGCUUGUCCUCGGAUUGUCCAAGCAUCUCUAUGAGAGAAUGAAGCCCUGGGCGUACAGGGAUAUCACCGUCACCCCUUACCUACUCGCCCUCUUCAACUGGUUGACUCUUCAGGACGUUCAUACAAGUUAUACAAGGGGAAACGUUUUGAACUUUCUCAAUAAAUUCACUCGGAUCGUUAGGAUCAGAGAUAACCACGUUCUCUGGGGCCUCUAUGCGCUAGGCCAGGUAUGGCACUUGCCCUCCCCGAUGACAGGAAUGUUCCCGAAAGCUCAAACAUUGGCCUACUCCUCGGGACUUGCUUCGGCCCUUCACAUAUGGAAGUACAACGACUUUGCAACACACUUGUCCAGGAGAAAGGACGUUUGGGUCAUGAAAGUCACUCUCGAUGAGCUACUGCAAGGUAUCAAGCUGUCUCAGAUGGCCGCCGGAGGUUGUCAUCAAGUCGUUGAUCCGUUCAACGUCAGGGGGAGCGCAGAGGCAAGCUAUGAACGACGUUUGGAUAUCCCUUCAAGUACUAUUGUGUGGCCAUCCUCUUAG